GGCCCGGACUGGGUCCCACCGCCCCACCUCCGGUCGCUCGACGUGCUCUCGCGUAGCUCCGCCUUUCUUAAGUCGCCCCGCCUCGCAACAUGGCUGCGGUGCUGGCCGUCCCGGAGCCGUGGAACCGUGUGAGAAUCCCUAAGGCGGGGAACCGCAGCGCAGUGACGGUGCAGAACCCCGGCGCGGCCCUUGACCUUUGCAUUGCAGCUGUAAUUAAAGAAUGCCAUCUCGUCACACUGUCGCUGAAGAGCCAAACCUUAGAUGCAGAAACAGAUGUGUUAUGUGCAGUCCUUUACAGCAAUCACAACAGAAUGGGCCGGCACAAACCCCAUUUGGCCCUCAAACAGGUUGAGCAAUGUUUAAAGCGUUUGAAAAACAUGAAUUUGGAGGGUUCAGUUCAAGACCUGUUUGAGUUGUUUUCUUCCAAUGAAAAUCAGCCCUUAACUACCAAAGUGUGUGUUGUCCCCAGUCAGCCAGUGGUGGAGUUGGUGUUGAUGAAGGUUUUGGGAGCCUGCAAGUUGUUGCUCCGCUUGUUGGACUGCUGCUGCAAAACUUUUCUUUUGACUGUGAAACAUCUAGGUUUGCAAGAGUUCAUUAUUUUAAACCUUGUGAUGGUUGGGCUGGUGAGCAGGUUAUGGGUUCUCUAUAAAGGUGUCUUAAAAAGGUUGAUUUUGUUAUAUGGGCCUUUGUUUGGAUUGCUUCAAGAGGUCUCUACGAUUCAACCAAUGCCUUACUUCAAAGAUUUUACCUUUCCUUCUGAUAUCACUGAGUUUUUAGGACAGCCAUAUUUUGAAGCCUUUAAGAAAAAAAUGCCUACAGCUUUUGCAGCUAAAGGAAUAACUAAAUUGCUAAAUAAACUGUUUUUAAUAAAUGAGCAGUCACCAGGAGCCAGUGAAGAAACCUUACUUGGAAUUUCCAAAAAAGCUAAACAAAUGAAGAUCAAUGUACAGAAGAAUGUGGAUCUUGGACAGCCAGUGAAGAAUAAGAGAGUCUUCAAAGAAAAGUCAUCAGAAUUUGAUGUGAGGGCUUUCUGCAACCAGCUGAAACACAAAGCUACUCAGGAGACCAGUUUUGAUUUUAAGUGUUCUCAAUCCAGACUAAAGACAACCAAGUAUUCUUUUCAGAAAGUAGUAGGAACUCCUCAUGCCAAAAGUUUUGUGCAAAGAUUCCGAGAGGCUGAGUCCUUCACACAACUUUCUGAAGAAAUCCAGAUGGCAGUUGUAUGGUGCAGGAGCAAAAAACUCAAGGCUCAGGCCAUUUUUCUGGGUAACAAACUUCUUAAAAGCAACCGGCUUAAACAUCUGGAAGCUCAAGGUACUAGUUUGCCAAAGAAACUAGAGUGCAUAAAAGCAUCUAUUUGCAACCACCUUCUUCGUGGCUCAGGUAUCAGAACUUCAAAGCAUCGUCUGAGACAGAGAAGAUCACAGAAUAAAUUUUUACAGAGACAAAGGAAACCACAGAGAAAGUUGCAAUCGCCUCUUUUAAGGGAAAUUCAGCAGUUCUCUCAAGGGACUCGGAAGAGUGCUACAGAUACCAGUGCUAAGUGGAGACUCUCACACUGUACUGUGCAUAGAACUGAUCUCUACCUUAACAGUAAGCAACUCUUGAAUAGUGGAGUUUCAAUGCCUGUCAUACAAACUAAGGAGAAAAUGAUUCAUGAAAACCUUAGAGGCAUCCAUGAAAAUGAAACUGAUUCGUGGACAGUGAUGCAAAUAAAUAAAAACAGUACAUCAGGAACCAUUAAGGAGACAGAUGACAUUGAUGAUAUUUUUGCUUUAAUGGGAGUUUAGGUGUUCAUAUGUGAGUCUUUUAAGUGAUUAACAAGGCUAGUUCAGUGUUCUAAGUAGAACUGCUAAGAUCUGGAAGUACCACCUGGACUCACAGAGGAGCUGCUUUAGUGCAGCAUUGCACAGGAGUUCGUUUCAGUUCAGAUCAGUCUACAUUUAAAGUAGCACUGUGUCAUUUCAUCAACAAGUAUUUCUUUUUGGCUUCAACUACAUGUCAGGUGUUAAUAUGAAAAAUCUGCCACAGCCUACCCUUGAGAAGCAGAUGUAAUUCCUUGAGUGAGGCUAGUAAGUCUCUGAAAAACUGAAUAAUUUUAUGACUUACUAUGCAAUUUAAUAAUCGUUUGCAAAAACCAUUGUGUCUUGAGGUAAAUGAGGAGGGAGGGUGGAGGAUAGCAAGGAAACACCUGAAAGGUCACUUUGGCCUUAUUGGCUCCAUUGUACGUACAUAGGUCCGUCUCUGAAUACUGAAGUUUGUAGCUCCUGACAGUUAUACUGUCUUGUUUAUAUGUUGAAAUUGAUCAUCAGGGUUUGCCACUGCUUGUAUUACCAGGGACUGGUUACAACCAUUAUUUCUCUUCAUUUGCUCAGCUUAUCUCAUAUUAAAGUGAGUUUGGAGUUCUCCAAGAGGUUUUAUUUAUUUGGGUACCAGUGAUUCAUUCCAAAUAAACCUUUUUACAAAAAGGAUAUAACGUGGUUUAUGGUUACAUAUGAAAUAUAACAGGAUAACAGGUAGAUGAGAAAGUAAAAUGAAAAAAUCAGGUUAGGAGACACAAAGUAGACCCAGGAAUGAGGCUAGAACAUUUAUAAUUUGGUUUUGAUGCUGUCAUCUGAUAGGGGAUGUUGCUCAUACUGUUGCUCUGAGGGGAGUACAUCUUGAGUAUUUUCAAAUAAUGAUGUGAAGUUUGAGGUAGGUAUCUUUCCAAUGUUCUAACUUUACUAGAAUUAGGUUACUAAGCUUCUCUAGUGCCCUUAACAGAAGUUAACUUUCCCUUCCAUUCUUUAUUUGGCUUUGUUCUUUCCCUGUCUGCCUUCUGCAUUUUCUCAGUUCUCUCUACCAGGGGUUCUCAACCUUUAGACUUUUUGAGAAUCACCUGGUGGGUUGCUAAAAGAUGCAGAUUAGCCCUUUCCCAGCGACUGAUAAACAGGGGCCAGAAACUUGCAUUUUUAACAUGGAGCCCAGGUGAUUUUGAUCCAGGUGGCCCCAAAUCCAGUUAUAUAAACAAUACUUUAGCUUCUCUCCUGGAGCCUUAAGUAAACUUGUUUAAUUCUUAAUCUCUAGUCACUUUUCAUAUUCCUUUUGGCUUCCUACCAAGUGGUAGUAUCCAUUUAGUGCCUUAAACUAUGGACAGUACCAAGGAGAUUUCAUUCUAGACAAGUCUAGAAAUGGCCAUUAACUUCUAAGUGUCCUUGUGUUCAAUGAAUUUCCUUUACCUACUGGGAAAUGGAAGGUAAAUUAGUAAGAGAACUGGUGUAUAUAUAGCUUUGUGGACCAUAGGGCUUAUUUGCUGAGAGUUGUCUAUAUUCAUGCACCCAGUCCCCUAAGUAGCCUCUUUUAAGACUUCAUUUAGCAGAUUCAGAAAAAAACUCCCUGGGAAUUAGGAGAUUUAAGGUUCAGUCUUGUUUCUUCUACUUGUGGCUUCACUGAGCUAGUCAGUUACCUCUGGCUUAGGUUUCUGGAUUUGAAGUGGAAUUUUUUCAAGAAUGAAACUUUUAUAGCUGAAAUAAACUUUGGAGCUUAUCUUUCAUUGGAAAAACCAGGGUGGUUCAGUGAGUUAAGGACAAUACAGCAUGGACUGGACUGCCAGUCUAGCAUUUGUUUCUGAAUUCAUUCAUGUUCUUUUGGAGUAUCUUCAUCUCCUCAUUUUCCUAUCUUCUGCCCUUUACUAUUCUGGGAAAAUGUCAAAAAAGCUUCACAUGUGUCCACAAAAUGACAAUUUGUAUGUUUAUAAGGAAUUUAGUAUUCUCUAUGUUAGUUUUUCCAAAUAAAUCCAAAUAUUUAACAUUUAAAAAAAUGCAAUCUAAAGUAUACCAAACUGUAACUUACCUAGUAAAUGAGAUUAGAAACUAUUGUCAGGGUCACAGUAGUGAAUUAUUAUUAUUCUUAAGACAGUCUUGCGCUGUUGCCCAGGCUGGAGCACAGUGGUAUGAUCUCAGUUCACUGCACCCUCCACCUCCUGGGCUCAAGCUGUUCUCCCACCUCAGCCGCCUGAGUAGCUGAGACUACAGGCACCACCAAGCCCUGGCUAAUUUUUAAAAAACUUUGUGUAGAGAUGGGGUUUCACCAUGUUACUUAGGCUGGUCUCAAACUCCUGGACUCAAGGGAUCCACCCACUUUGAUCUCUCAAAGUGCUGGGGUUGCCCACAUCCUAGUACCAACUUUAUCACUUCUGAUGGCAUUAGGACACACAGGCCAUUUAUAAGAGCAGUGUUUGAGACCUCUUGUGUGUCACUUCAAAUCCUCUUGACCUUCAUACUAAAGUCACUGCUGUGGCAACCAGUGACUGAACCUUGCCUCUUGCUCUGGGGACGUCUCACUUCCUGCCCCUGGGCUUCUCACCAGCUGCAGGAACUGCCUAGCACUUGGGUAUGUACAACCCGGAAGAGGUGUGGGGCCAUCCCAUCCCCUCCUCAAAGAAAUUCACAGGCACAGUAUGAGGCUAAAGUAACUUCCAUCUUGGAUGCUCAUCUACCAUGUUGACUUCUGAUAACCAGUUCCAGGAAUGCCCUCUAAGAUUUCCACUUUUAUCUAUUAAAAGCGCGCGCGCGCGCACACACACACACACACACACACACACACACACCACACACACACACAGUAAAUCCUGGCGUUAAGCAAUCUAUAGGCUAUGUUGCAAACAGCAUUCUUGCCUUUCCCUGAGGAGUUGACUUCAGUGUCUCACAUGUUCCUUCUGAAGCAUGUAUACGCUUUUCUCUAUGGCAGAAAAGCCCUGGGUCGGGGGGUAAUUGCGGGGAUCACUACCUGAGACAUGGCUUCUAUGCAUAGGUCCCUAUUAAAUGUUUCUUUCUGACAAA